GACGGUCCCGUAGAUAGCAUCAUCAAGUCGUUUCUUAUCCGCUAUCCCUGCGAAAGCCCCCUCAAAACCCUCUCUGCUUCACUGCGCCCGAAAACUCUUUCGCUUCAAUGCCACUACAUCAGGUAAUUCGUACUCCUUGAUUCUUCUCAACUCCUACACUUUGGAUUCCCCUACUCAAUGGAACUUUCAUCUUCCUUCGUACACUUGCACACAUGCAACAAUUGCUCUUCUUCAUCCUCCUUCUUCCCCUUCCCAAUCCAAACCCACCGCAAUUCCACCAACCCCACGCGGAGAAUCCAUCGUAUCUAUGCGGUGGCUGUCGACCCACAAAAAGAACUCCCCAAGAACAGCCCCCAGAGGCUUCUCAAGGAGCUGGCCGAGCGCAAAAGAGCCACUUCUCCCAAGAAGAAGUUCCCCCCUAAGAGGUUCAUUCUGAGGCCCCCAUUGGACGAUCAGAGAUUAGCCCAACGGUUCCUCAACAGCCCCCAGAUGUCCCUCAAAUCGUUCCCCUUGUUAAGCUCUUGCUUGCCGUCGUCGCGGCUCAACUUCGCCGACAAGACCUGGAUGGAGGAGUACCUGCUCGAGGCGAAGCAGGCUCUGGGGUACCCUUUGGAGGCCUCGGACGAGCGGUUCGGGGACGAUAACCCGGCGAAGCAGUUUGAUACUUUGUUGUACUUGGCCUUUCAGCACCCCGCGUGCGAGAGGACUAAGGCGCGGCACGUUCGGUCGGGCCACUCGAGGCUUCUCUUCUUGGGGCAGUACGUGCUUGAGUUGGCGUUUGCGGAAUAUUUCUUGCAGAGAUAUCCGAGGGAGUCCCCGGCUCCGAUGAGAGAGAGGGUUUUCGGGUUGAUUGGGAAGCGGAACCUGCCCAAGUGGAUUAAAGCCGCGAGCUUGCAGAACUUGGUGUUUCCGUAUGAUGAUAUGGAUAAGUUGAAGAGGAGGGAGCGCGAGCCGCCCGCGAAGUGUGUAUUCUGGGCUUUGUUUGGUGCAAUAUAUCUUUGUUUCGGUAUGCCAGAAGUAUAUCGGGUUCUUUUUGAAGUGUUUGGCAUGGACCCAGAAGCUGAGGACUGCCAACCAAAAUUACGAAGACAACUUGAAGAUGUAGAUUAUGUCUCUGUUGAAUUUGAAGGCAAAAAGCUCAGCUGGCAGGAUGUUGCAGCCUAUAAACCUCCAGAAGAUGCUCUUUUUGCACACCCAAGGCUCUUCAGGGCUUGCGUUCCACCAGGCAUGCAUCGGUUCAGAGGCAAUAUAUGGGAUUUUGAGAGCAGACCCCAAGUUAUGCAAACACUGGGAUACCCCUUAGCAAUGAAAGAUCGAAUUCCAGAUAUCACUGAAGCCAGGAACAUUGAACUUGGACUUGGGUUGCAGCUUUGUUUUCUACAUCCAUCAAAGCACAAGUUUGAGCAUCCACGCUUUUGCUACGAGCGAUUAGAAUAUGUUGGGCAGAAGAUCCAGGAUCUUGUGAUGGCUGAGAAAUUGUUGAUGAAGCAUAUAGAUGCCCCUGGUCUGUGGCUACAGGAGAGGCACCGGCGGCUUCUUAUGAACAAGUUCUGUGGGAGGUAUUUGAGGGACAAGCAUCUCCAUAGCUUUAUCAUUUAUUCUGAGCAGGUUCAAGAUGCAUACGAGCACAAUCGAAGACUAAGGAACCCAGCUACUACUGCUGUUCAACAAGCCCUUCAUGGGCUAGCAUACACUGUUUACGGGAAGCCCGAUGUAAGACGCCUCAUGUUUGAGGUUUUUGAUUUUGAGCAAGUCCAACCUAAAGCCGUGUGAAGAUGUAAGGGCACAAAUAUGAAUCCAGGGUAACAUAAGAUGAAAGCAUUUGCAUUCUCUACAGACUUGACCCUUUUUAACAAAUGAGGUAUACUUCCAUCCACCAUCUGCUUGUAGAUCCAGUUCGAGUUUGUCUUAACAGGGCUUAUGUAAUGUAGAUUUUUAAGUAAUGUUGGUUGGUUAUUUCAAACUCCA